AUGCGAGUACAACUACAUAAUGAUACGCAAUCGGGGCAAUAUGCAGCUGCUCUAUUGAAAAUCGGUGAAGGUCGAAUGACUACGGACGCUAACGGCAUGACUACAUUAAAUCAAGAAUUUUGUAAUGCUGUCCAAAACUUGGAAGAUCUUAAAAACAACGUCUAUCCCGGUUUAGAAUAUAACAUGAGGAAUAGAGAAUGGCUGUGUGAAAGGGCAAUAUUAGCACCGACCAAUGAAAUCGUGGGAAAGAUCAAUGAAAGAAUGAUGUCACAUGUGCAAGGCGAUGUUGUCGAAUAUUUGUCAGUAGAUAUUGUCAUGGACAGUGAACAGGUGACGUCUUAUCCUACCGAGUUUCUAAACUCUUUAGAGCUGUCAGGAGUGCCGUCUCAUAAGCUGAGACUGAAAGUUGGGGUUCCAGUUUUAUUAAUGAGAAAUCUCGAAGCGCCGAGACUAUGCAACGGGACUCGAUUGCAAAUUACGCAGCUAGGACGCAAUAUUAUUGGAGCAAUUAUAAUGACAGGUAUAGCUAAAGAUGAAGAAGUUUUGAUUCCACGCAUACCCAUGAUCCCUACAGAUUUACCGUUUCAGUUUAAAAGAAUCCAGUUUCCCCUCAAACCAGCCUUCGCAAUGACCAUUAACAAAGCGCAAGGGCAAACACUUAAAGUAGCAGGUGUCCAUUUAGAGAAAAACUGUUUUUCGCAUGGCCAACUGAAGGAUGAAUAA